UAGAGUGAUUGUUUUCAAUAGAGGUUACAGUGAAGUCUCGUUACGUUGACUGGAACGAUUAAAUUAUAGUAAAUGAAGAAAGUGGCGCCUGUGGGUCAGAACAGAGAUGUGGAUGAAGCCAGCAACAGUGAUUCUGGGGACAGCAUAUUCAUCACACAGAAAACCAUACCUGAAGCGAUACGACCAAGGGGGGAGAACCGCCCCCACCUGUCCCCAUUCUGCACCCAGGAAGAACUAGCAGAUCAUGAGGAUGAAGCUGCUUCAUCAUCUUCCGACGUGGAAUCCAAGACAAACAGAAAGCAAAAGAAAAGGGUUCUCGGAGUACCCACGUUCAACUUCUCUUUUCUCUCUAAGGGGAAGAGGCAGACUGAUUUAACUCGUGAUAAGAUCAAAAAACUCCAUAGUUAUGUGAUUGGAGGAUUCUUCAAAUCCAGCCAAGAGCUGUGGAAGAGCUAUGAAAGAGGAGAGGAUAUGACAGAAUCGUUACCAACUGUUGACGUGGACGGGGAGUGUAUGUCUCCAAUACCAGAAGAAGAAACGAUGGAGGAUGAGGACAUCAAAGUGGUGGAAAGAAAACAUUUUGCAACAUCAAUAAAAGCAAGGAGCUCACAGCCAUGGUGCACUCCGAAGACCAGGUCCAGCGAGAAAGGAAAACCAAGUCAGGAGCAGAAGGGGUCGCAAGGUGAACGACGGAAGGCGGCACGCCAAGUCUCAAAGUGUAAGACGGAUAAAGUGGCACCAUCUUCAGCUACGCAGACGCCUCAUCGUGAAGACGCUCUUUGCAGAGAUUUGACAGAAACGGAGCCAUUGGUGACGAGGGAUGAGAACACCAGGACUGAAACCGAAACAGGAAAACGAGUAAAAGGAAAGACAAAACAGCUUGGUAAUGGGAGCAUUAAGAAACUAAAUCCAAAGAGAGACACACAAAGGGACAGAGACCCUCACACUGACGUCCUCCAUGAGGACGGGCAGAGCAGUUCAGGAAAUGCAGAAUGCAGCCACGAAAGACAAAAGCUCCCUCAGAGUGACAUUAAUAAUGAUACACCGUGUUUAAAGAAGAGAAAGAAGAAAGGGGGCAGAGGAGGGUGUGAAAGUGUAGAAAAAGGGGCGGAGCAAAGUCAAGCAGAGACGGAAGGUAAACCUGAAGAGCACCUUCCCAGUCUGUUGGAGGACAUCAACGUGACAACUGUUCCCCAUUCAGAACCAGAGAAGAAGAAACCUGCAACAGCUGGCAGACAGGACCAGUCUGCCCAGUCCAUGGAGGAGCCUUCUGGAGUGAUCAGUCAGGCUGACUGGAAGAAGAAAAAGGAUGUUGAUGUGGAAAGUAGAGAUGCCAACGAAACUGCUGAACCUCCAGCUAACCAAGUCAACGUACAGAAGAAGAGAGACUUGAACGAGCCUUCGGAUCUCUCUCAAACACCAACAGAACGUCCAGGAGAGGUGGGAGCUGAUUCUGAAGAUACUGAAGCUCCUCAAGAGACGUUAGGAUCGAGUUUCACUAAAAGAAAGAAGAAGAAGAAGAAGGAACUUCCUGAUUCUUCUGACAAAGAUGUGAACUUUUGCAACGGCGCUGUAACAAACGCAGACCUAACAGUUAAAAAGAAGAAGAAGAUGGUGGAUGUCUCGCACACAGCCGAGGAAGAUGAGAGUGUAGAUAAUACACAGACAGAGGAGCGAGAGACUGAACGGAGGACGAAGAAGAAGAAACGGAAACAAAGCUGGUACUGCGAGGACACCACAGCACUGGCUGAAAAUUCUGUGUUUGUGCGGAAGAAGAUAAAAGGUCCUUCCUUCCUCCCUGCUGAUGAAGAGGAAAAUGGCGCUGAGGCAGAGCGCAGCCGUUUACAGUCUAAAGCUGAAAAGCCUGAUGUCAGCGCCAACGGUUUAGCUGCGACAUCAGAAGAAUUUCCUGAAAGUUCGGCUGAAUCAAAAAACAGGGUUAAGAAAAAGAAGCAGAGGUCAGCUGAGCAGGACUGUGUGAAAGGAGAGACGGAAUGGGAGGAACCAAAGGAGACGGCUGAACCCGAGGUCAAGAAGAAGAAACGUAAGAGGAAAGACAGCGAGAUGAUGAGUCCAACAGAAAAAUACGUGGAUGAACUGCAAGCUGAAGAGGACGUUCCUCUGAAGAAGAAGAAGAAGAAGAAAAUCCCACCAGCUGCCACUGAGGAUGCUGAAUCAGAACUCACUUUAGAUUCACCCAAGAAGUUAAAAAAUAAAAAAGCUGCAGAUAAACUUUCUCUCCUAAACAAAAAACCCUUUCCUAAAACUGCUGAUUCAGAGGCACAUAAAAGUCAACAACCAGGAAGAACAGAGCCAGACUUUAAUUUCAGCUCUGCCUCUGAAACGUCUCGUAUGAAACAGAAAAAGAACAAGAAGAAAAGACUCCACCAUCCAAAUCAGGACUUUCUGUUUGACCUUUAGUGCAAGGUUUCUGUCUGAGAGGAUUUUAAAUGAGAAGGAAAAUGGAAAUACUUUUUUUACAUUUUACUAGAUUUAUUUUUUACUAGAACAUAUUUUUUCAAGCAUGGAACUGGA